GAGAGAGAGAGACAGGAGAAAAUAAACUUGUGCAAGAUGGCGUCUGACUGGAGGGAGAGGGAGCCCCUCUCUGCAAUCCCUGGGUGCUGAGAGAGGGGAGCAGGCAGCCUGGGUGGGAGGCUGCACCCUACAUGGCGCUGGGAAGGCUGUCUCUGCUGUGGGGUUUGCAUUGGGCUGGCUGUGUCCUGGUGGUGGCUGCAAGGGAGACCAUCAGACUGGACCUCAGCUGCAGCCCCGGCCAGACACACACUGUGCUCCAACCAGACCAGGAAGCCAUCUUAGAUUGUGAGGUGGGCAGCAGAGAAGUGCCGUACAAUGUAACCUGGAAGAAGGAUGGGGUUCACCUAAACACAGAUGAAUCCCUGAGAGUCCUCCACAAUGGGUCCCUGGUCAUAAUGCAGAUGGAAAGAGACAACAUUGAGGGAAGAUAUUCCUGUGCAGCCCAGGACUCUGUUGGGAUUGUAACAGGCAGAAGUCGCACAGUGAGACUGGCAAGUCUUCCCUCUUUCCGCCAACAGCCUGAGUCUCAGACUGUGAUGCUGAACAGCAUGGCAAGGUUUGAGUGUGGCUUUACCGAGUUUCCACCUCCUGAGAUCACCUGGCAAAAAGACCAGGCUCCGGUUCCAGCUGAGUCUAGGUUUCUUACCCUCCCCUCUGGAGUCCUGCAGAUAUCAGGGGUCCAGGAGAAGGAUGAAGGCUUUUAUCGUUGUGUGGCAUCCAACAUAUUGAACUCCAUCUACAGCAAUGCAGCACAUCUGUCUGUUGUACAAGAUGCCGGUGUUUAUGCCUUGCCAGAGGAGCUGACAAUUACUAGAGCACCACAAAACCUGACAGUGGAAGAAGGUCAAAGUGCUGUCAUGGAAUGUAUGGCUAAAGGGAAUAUUGAACCUCUGAUCUCUUGGAUCCGCCAGGAUGGAAAGCCAAUCUCUCCUGAUAUCAAAGUGCUGGGAGAGACCAAUCUCCUGGUGCCAGAGGCGCAGCUGCAUCAUGCUGGGGUCUAUGUGUGCCGAGCCAACAAGCCACAUACUCGUCAUUUUGUCACUGCUGCAGCCCAACUUCAUGUUCUGGUCCACCCAAUCAUUACCCAGCCCCCAGAGACUAUCACUCGGGCCCGUGCUGGAACUGCUCGAUUUGUGUGCAGGGCCGAGGGGGAGCCAGAACCAACAAUUCACUGGCUAAAGAAUGGACAGCCACUUUUCUCCAAUGGCAGAGUGAGAAUUCAGCCCAGGGGCAGUCUAAUUAUCACACAGAUAGCCCUGGAGGAUGUGGGAUACUACCAAUGUUUGGCAGAGAACAAUGUUGGCAGCGCCUGUGCCACUGCUAAAUUGUAUGUGACAGUUCAGGACGGACUGCCUGGCCCACCGCAAGCUGUAAAGGCAGUGACAGUUUCCAGCAGAUCAUUGACAGUGGGAUGGGAACAGCCAGAGAGUAACUGGGAGAGAGUCAUAGGCUUCUCUCUGCACUACACCAGGACUGGAGGCUCAGACAAUGUGGAAUACCAGUUUGCAGUAAAUAAUGAUACAACAGAACUAUACAUUAGAGACCUGGAACCAGGGACAAAGUAUACCUUCUAUGUGGUAGCAUAUUCCCAGCAAGGUGCCAGCAGUGCGUCUCAGCCAGUUGUUAUAAAGACUCUGGAUGAAGUUCCAGCAGCUGCCCCGACUCUGAACCUUCACAGUGAUUCCCCUUUGCGCCUACAUGUGCGCUGGCAACCGCUACCCCCUGAGCUGAGCAAUGGGCAAGUCAACAAAUACCGCAUUGAUUAUGGCACUCAGAAAGAUGAUGACAUUUCCUACAUGGAGGUUCCAGGGAAUGAGACACAGGCCGUCCUGGUGCCAGUGCAGCCCAACAGUUUGUACAAAGUGAGGAUCUCAGCUAGUACAGCAGCAGGCUAUGGAAUUCCCUCCCACUGGAUUCAGCAUCACACUCCUGACACAGACAACCAGACACAAGCCCCAUCUCAGAUGCAGCUGAAGGUCACUCCCCGCACUGAUUCCCUCACCCUCAGUUGGGAGGUGCCCCACGUUGAGUUUCCAAUCACUAGCUUCAGGUUGUAUUACCGCCUUAUAUGCCCUGCUCUGGCUUUUGGUGGCUCCUGUCAACAGCAAAUGGAAAGGUGGGAUGGGACUCCUAUCAAGCUCAAAAAGAAGAGGAGACAAUAUGAAAUAACACAGCUAAUGCCUGGACAAUUGUACCAAGUGAAAUUAGUGGCAUUUAAUAAAAAUCAGGAAGGGCAGACUGUUACAUGGAAAGGAAGGACCAGGCAGAUUCCCUCCAUUGCACCAGUCCCCCCUGCACAGAGGAUUCCCCCGCUCCCACCCAGUUAUGUUGAGGUUGAACCUAACAGCUCCACGUCGGUUUGGGUACGGUGGAGAAAACCUGCUUUCACCACAAGCAAAAUUGUCAACUACACAGUGCGUUGUGGGCCAUUGGGAGCUGUGAAUGCCUCGCUUGUGACCUAUCAUGGCAGUGCUUCUGAAGAGAUCCUGGUUUCAGGCUUGAAACCUUAUACCAAGUACGAGUUUCAAGUACGGUCUAAUGGCAUCGGUGUGGAAGGGCCGUAUAGUGACAUCAUGGAGAAAAUGACACUGCCAGACAGGCCCUCUUCGCCACCUGCUGACCUGGUACUGCAGCCCCUGUCCCAGUUUUCUGUUCAGCUGCACUGGCGCCCCCCUGUGGAACCAAAUGGAAUCAUUGCACAAUAUCUGCUCAUGUACACGACCAACAGCAGUCAACCUGAUGAGAUGUGGACUCUCUUAACCAGAGAUGGAAACAUAUUCAGCACAGAGGUGCAGGGAUUGCAGAGUGGGACCAAAUAUUAUUUCAAGAUGGGAGCAAAAACUGUGUCAGGCUGGGGACCCUACACCAAUGUAUUAGAGGUGGAGACUUUACCUUCUACACUAUCAGCAGAUGUCCUGGACAUGAAUUCUGUGACUGGUAUCAUAGUGGGGGUCUGCCUUUGUCUCCUGUGCCUCUUGCUGUGUAUGUGUGCCAGCUUCCAGCAGGGCAAGAAGAGAGACAGCUCGGAUAUAGGGUCUCGCUCCAGCAGAGGCCCCACAUCUUAUCAGCGAGCCAGACAGGGGUCCUGCUCACAGGGUCAUGGUCAAGAUUCACAUGAACUAGAGACACUUAUGCCCUCCCAGCAGGAAGAUACACCAUCUCUUCCUGUUCCAGAGGCCACGAAUCUGAUUAUAGGACAGAACCUAGUCACAACAUCCCAACCAGAGGAAAAAAAUCCACUGAAAAUGAAGCCAUCCUGGAAUGGAUCUGUUACCCAGAACUGGGCUAAUCACAUCACUAGUUACACGGAGUCCAUUACUGGAGACCUCUCAUCAGCAGCAAAUGGCUUGGCAAAUCCAUUGUCCUCUGGAGGCUUAAGAAUGAUGUUGAAUGACCUUUCUUAUGAACCCUUAAAGGUAGAUGUUGGGAGGAGUCACAGGAAUUCAUCUCAGAACCAAGUUGAGGCAGACGUCAUUGUACAUUCUGAUUUCUCUGCCUCCGAAAGGAGUGGACAUUGUGCUGGUCUGGAUUCUGAAGAAGAGGAGGAAGAUCUCAGUCUGGAUCAGGACAGGUCCAUAAAUGGAACUCAAGCCACAGUUCCCAGUCCUCAAGUCCAGCCUCUAACAGAGGAACAAAGACAAGACAAGAGGGAAGAAGAAUUAAUCCCAACAAAAACAGACACAAAAACAGAUGCUACAGACUUAAAGAACCAGCUCCUCCUCAACGGCUUCCACAAGAGUGUGGACUCUCAGGAUCUUCAGCCAACAGAGAGCAAUGUUCUCAGUGUAGAGUGCGGAGACUCACUUGCAGAUGAUGUUUCUGUUGUACUGAAAGCCCCGCAAGACUUAGCACUCAGCAAUACACAUGCUUCUUCACUUCAUCCCAGUUCACCUGACAGGCAGUGUACUGACUCAUUAAAUGGCUGAGACACUAAACUCCAGCUUCUUGAGAUGAAGUGUGUGUGAGUUUGUUUAAAAUUAAAGGGCUGAGGGAACAAACUCGCUUUCCAGGCAGAGUAGGAACGCAAAGAACAUCAACUUUAUGCCACAAUUGUGUAAAACUGGGGAUACAGGAUUGUUUCAGCUAUGGCGUAAAGGUAACAGACCCUUCUGCAUUGGCGACAGCCCUUUAUAAAGCAAAGAGUAUUAAUAUUGCACUCGCACUUGUGAAGCAAGUAAAUGAUAUCUGUGAAUGGAGUUAACCACUUUGGAGUUCACCAGAGGAUUGUGUUGCAUUCUCACAGUAUUUUCCGUACAUGAAGUUCACCUGCUGAAAAUCCUCCUUGUUAAUAAUGAAUUUUAUUUUUUAUAAGACUUGACAUUCCUGUACCUAAACUAAGCCAUGUGCCUAAAGGAAGUCAUGUAUUAGUCAACAAAGGAAGAAGCUGAAACCAAGCCAGGAACCCCAGCAGGUGAUGGGUCAGAGUUUAAUUCACCAUACAAGUUGCCUUUUAAGCUUUGAAGCAUCAGAAAGUAUACUUUACCACUUACAAUACUGUCCAAAGAGCUUGCAGCAGGGAUUUCAAGGUCAUCAUGAUCCUUCAUCAGUUGCAAACUACAACUCCCUAUAGUAGAGAUGUCAGACUCACAUCCUUCCAGAUAGAGUUGCCUAACUCUAGACAUAAGCAGAGAAUGAUGAAGGCUAUGAAAUGGGGUUAGCCAAGAAGAGGCCAGCUGUUUAGCAGUCCUUUGUUGGCUUCCCCAACCUUCUCUGCAUAAAUGCCAUAACAGGCCAGGUAUUGGCUUAGGGUAAGACUACAUGGAUCCAACGAGCUACGACAAAACACCUUUGACAAGUCGCAUGCGACAGAAAUUAGGUAAGAGAUAGAAAUGUCAGAUAAAGUUGCAUCAUUGAUCCGUCGCGACACGACUGUCGGAUGCAGACGCAGCGUGCAUGUAGUCCUACCCUUAUUGCUCUGCUUCUAGAACAGGCAAUUUCAUCAUCAAUUUAGCGUUAAUCUCCCCUGCACCCAAGUGGGGAUAGUUUAUAUCAUGGCCUUUGAAGGCUCAAGGCAUCUGGAGUUGGACAGCUGCUCGAAACCAAAACUCGCAGAAACCCUACACAAACCAAGCAUGUGUUAGGAUGUUGUAGUUCAUAAACAGUUGGUGGGACACAAAUUGACAUCUCUGGCUGAGAACCUGAAUUUGGUACAAUACACAUUCACUGGGUUUCCCAGAACAAAGCUCAGUGCAUGUGUGAUCUUGUUACUGACAGGUGAUGUUGUUGUGUAUCUCUGCGCUGGUGCAUUUGGUUACAUUCCAAGUUUAGGUCCUAGAUUUAUUAAAGUUGAAACAAUCACUGGGCAAAUUUCUUAUCUGCUUUCUAGCAAUUUUUAUGCCAAAUUUGGAUGAAUUUAUUGCAUCUGGGGAAUUUUUACGUAUCAAGCUAAGCUCCCCUUUGGCAGUGCAAUGGCAACAUCUCCAGAAAAUAUGCCAAUUUGCUGCCACUGCCACCAAAAUGUCAUCCAAGGCUUAAAGGGGAUCUAUAGUGAAAAUGAAGAUUUAAUAUAAGCUUCAUCUCACUGAAAUAAGACACACUCUAAAUACAAUCAAUUAAAAAUUCAGAAGAUCCCCUUUAAAAUUCACUAGAAAGCAAAUAAAGAAUCCAAAGGAUUCUCAUGCUCUUCGGAUGAAUCUUAACUCCUCAUUGGUUAAUGGAUUCAUACUUGAGCUGGGAAAUGAUUUUGUUACAGACACCAAUACCAAUACAACUGUCUGGGACUUAUGGAGCUGCUACACAGUUUCCCAUGUGUAACAAUGCCUCCCUUUCUACGCACUCUGUGAGUGCCUUCUCACAACCUCCAAGACUCAUUUUCUAACUCAUUGCACCCACCGGGGUUACAGUGUGGUGUAUGCAUUCCCUGGUGUGAUUUAUUCCCAGAACUCCCUGGCGCUAAAAAUGAAUUGACCUUUUCGUAUUGUGCUCCGUAUUUGCUAGCAAAUUUCCUGUGAUCAGUCUCAUACUCAGAUAGUGUGACCUCCUGCAAUUCUAUGCACUCAGCUCAAUAUAAUAAGUUGGUCACUAACCAGGUCAGCUGAUGGGGGGGUUCACAUAUUUAAUAUGAUCCCUUCGCUUAAAAUGGGGGAUACCCAAUAGCCUAUAUUCACCAAAGGUCAAUAAAAUAAAGUUUAAAAAAACAGUAUUACUAAAUUUUAACAUCAGUUUUAUCAUGUACCAAUAUGAAUUUUGUUUAUAAAUGUCAAUAUAGUAUAUAAGAUUUAAAUAAAGUGGAUGGAUGACUGCA